AAAACACCUUUGUGAGCCCAUAAAAAUGUCUUGGGCUCUAAUAGACAAGAGUUUAGUGUUACAAAGUGUUCUUUAUUUUGCCGUGACUGGCACAGGAUUAGCUACGGUCAUAUCGGCCAUCUUGUCUCGAAAUUCAUCCGGUGGACUAUGCAUUCUGUACGGCCAGUCUAGCUGUCACAACACUAAUCACAGUGGCCACACUUCACCAAUCUCACAAUCAUCAUCUAAUGAAUCAUCACAUUUUUCACCUUCACCUAAUGGUAAUAAAACAACAACAGCCCAGUCUAUCAUUUCUAGUACGAGUUCAGGAAUUAGUGAAAUUUUAAUUCAAGUGAUAGGUGGCAGGGUGUCUGUUUGCGAUUUUGUAGUGGGAGCCAACAUUGUUGUCUGCGUUUUGUACGCCAUCAUUAACGGGUUCUAUCAUGCAUACAGCGCCAGAAAAAGUGCUUAUCAAAUUAGAGUUGGAUACCAAAUGUGGACACGCACACUGGCAUUUUCAAGCUGCUUAGCCAUAAUGUUGGUUAUGUCAUCUGCAUGUAUGAUCACUGUCGGUCUGUCUGUGUGGUGCAAAUCCUUGUUUGAGGAGUUUAGGCAGUGUGGGGUUCAGAUGGAAAGAUGUUCUGAUAGCCAAUACCAGAGCAAUGCGUGGCACUGGGUAACUGGAGACGCUGCUGGUUAUGAAAAUGAUCCGCAAAAUAAUAACAGUAGUAGUAGUAGUAGUGGUGGUGGUAGUAGGGGUGGUGGUAGUAGCAGUAAUAGUAGUAGUGCUGUUUCAAAAUUAAAUAUGGGAUACUACCACAAUCUCAUGGAGAUAACUGAAAUUAAUUUUUAUUUGUAUAAAUAUCAAGUAAAUCUGUAUCAAGUAAAUCGCGGUCAACAACGGAUAACAUUCGUGAAGUCCUUGUGUCACUUGCUGAAUAUCACCACAUUUCAACUGCUACAAAGUGUUAAAGAUCUGGUUUUGUUGAGGUCGAUGAUCGCCAGGAUAAGGCACGAGAAAGAAGAAGAAUUCCAUAAAUGA